GUCAUGGUGACAAACAAGAGAAGUCAUGAAUAGCCUCACAAACGUCACCACCAAGGUUUCCACGGGAUUCCGGGUUGUAAACUGUAAAUCCCCGCUCAUUCCGGAGACUAUUUAUAUGUUGCCUUCGCCCGGUCCGUCCUGUAUCCAUCGCUCUACCAUCCAUCUCCCUGCCAUCCAUCUCUGCUAUCGACCAUCUUAAACGACCAUCUAAAACCAGCAUUUGGAAACAUCAUUUUGAAAGAACCACCAUCAAUAAACAAGAUAAACAGAUAAAAUGACCAAAGACCUUCCUACUAUCACCAUCGACGGCCGCACCCACGAAGGAGGUGGCCAGAUCCUCCGGCUCGCAGCCGGCCUCUCUGCCAUCACCGGCAAAGCGAUCACCAUCACCAACAUUCGGGCCGGCCGAGUGCCCACCGGUCUACGGGGAUCUCAUGUAGAAGCCAUCAAGUGUCUCAAAGAGAUGAGUGCGUCUGAAGCGCAGGGUGUGGAAUUAGGGUCGGAGUCGGUCGUAUUCCACCCUGCUUGUCCAGUAUCAUCAUCAUCAUCACAGUCCUCCACCACCUCCCGCUCAUCGAAAACAACCAAGGGCAAGAAACCGACUAAGGGCAAAAGAAAAUUCUUACUUCGCCAGACCUCCGUCAACAGCCCUUCAACGAAUCCAGAGGCGCCGGUCGUCAUCAGCCGUAAACAAACCGGCACGAGUGGAUCCUCCACCGAGCUGGAGAGGCAGAUCACCAUCACGCAGAAGACGAACGGAGCAUCCUUUCUCAUCUUCCAGGCAAUCUACCCUUACCUUCUCGCCAGGGCACGGCGCCCGAUCAGCGUGCGUAUCAUCGGUGGCACGAACAUGAGGUCUGCCCCGAGCCUCGACUACGUCGAGCAGGUCCUGCUGCCGAACUUCGCGAAAUUCGGACUCCCGCCUGCCUCGGUAUAUUUGCAUAAAAGGGGGUGGGAUACGGGGCCUUAUGAUCUGGGAGAUGUGACUGUCGAGGUGCAGCCACUUCCCCUGGUCAUCGACGACAACAACGACAACGAUAGCGAUAACGACGCUUAUGGAAAAUCACCCUUGCGCCCGGUCUUCCCUGAAAUUGACUUGAAUCGAUACGGCCGCGGCCGCAUCAAGAGCAUACAGAUCACCGUCCUGGCACCGGAUGAUCCUGUCCUGAGGAACACCGUAGAUGGCCCCGGCUUCGACCCUGAUGUCGAAAACACGCCGCCGCGUAGCCAUAAUCAGGCAGACAAAAUCUACACAGCCCGCGAGUACCUCGAAUACCAAACCUACUUGCAGAUACGCAAGCGCCUCCUACUCCUUCCCAACGACCUCUUCGUCGGCUCAUCGGACAUCGACGGCGGCGCCAAUGGAUUUGCGGCGGGCAUAGUAUCCAUGGAUACAUACAAAACCGAAAGAACGUAUCACCCGACGCACAUGUAUGUGCUCGUGGUCGCGGAGAUGGACAACGGGUUCCGCAUUGGGGUGGACGGUGCGGGUUCCGGUACCCGACUUGGAAGUACUCGGCGCCUGCAUGAUACUGCGCAUGUGAGAAUGGGAAUCGCUAAGGAGUUGGCAGAGACGUGUAUUCGCCAUUUCGUGGACGAAAUCUCGAUGGCGCGCUUUGAUUCGGGCGGACGGAAACCGUGUGUGGAUCAGAAUAUGCGGGAUCAGAUGGUUGUUUUUGAGGCUCUAUCCCCGGCUCCUUCUUCGAGGUCGCUUUCAUGCGUCGAAGUAGAGGACCCCCGGUAUUGGAGUUCGCAUACGAGGACGGCGAAGUGGGUGUGCGAGAAGAUCUUGGGGUCGGAGCCCGAAUGA